UUGUUGAAAGUGACCAUGUCUCAAGUUCAAGUGCAAGUUCAGAACCCAUCUGCUGCUCUCUCAGGGAGCCAAAUACUGAACAAGAACCAGUCUCUUCUCUCACAGCCUUUGAUGAGUAUUCCUUCCACUGCUAGCUCUCUGCCCUCUGAAAAUGCAGGUAGACCUAUUCAGAACUCUGCUUUCCCCUCUGCAUCUGUUACAUCCACCAGUGCAGCUGCAGAAAGCAUAACCCCUACUGUAGAACUGAAUGCACUGUGCAUGAAACUUGGAAAAAAGCCCAUGUAUAAGCCCGUGGACCCUUACUCUCGGAUGCAGUCCAGCUAUAACUACAGCAUGAGAGGAGGUGCUUAUCCCCCGAGAUACUUUUACCCACUUCCAGUUCCACCUUUACUUUAUCAAGUUGAACUUUCCGUGGGAGGACAACAGUUUAACGGGAAAGGAAAGACCAGACAGGCUGCAAAACAUGACGCUGCCGCGAAAGCCUUGAGGAUCCUGCAGAACGAGCCCCCGCCCGAGAGACUGGAGGUAAAUGGAAGAGAAUCAGAAGAAGAAAAUCUCAAUAAAUCUGAAAUUAGUCAAGUGUUUGAAAUUGCACUUAAACGGAACUUGCCUGUGAAUUUUGAGGUGGCCCGGGAGAGUGGCCCCCCCCACAUGAAGAACUUUGUGACCAAGGUUUCGGUUGGGGAGUUUGUGGGCGAAGGUGAAGGGAAGAGCAAGAAGAUCUCCAAGAAGAAUGCUGCUAUCGCUGUCCUUGAGGAGCUGAAGAAGUUACCACCUCUGCCCGCCGUGGAACGAGUGAAGCCCAGGAUCAAAAAGAAAACAAAACCCACCGUCAAGCUACAGGCAAGCCCAGAAUAUGGCCAGGCCAUGAACCCAAUUAGCAGACUGGCCCAGAUCCAGCAGGCGAAGAAGGACAAGGAGCCGGAAUACGUGCUCCUCACAGAACGAGGCCUCCCGCGCCGUAGGGAGUUUGUGAUGCAGGUUAAGGUUGGAAACCACACUGCAGAAGGAGCAGGCACCAAUAAGAAGGUGGCCAAACGCAAUGCGGCCGAGAACAUGCUGGAGAUCCUUGGUUUCAAAGUCCCACAGGCUCAGCCCACCAAACCAGCACUCAAGUCUGAGGAAAAGACACCAGUAAAGAAACCUGGGGAUGGAAGAAAAGUAACCUUUUUUGAACCUGGCUCUGCAGAUGAAAAUGGGACUAGUCACAAAGAGGAUGAGUUCAGGAUGCCUUAUCUGAGUCAUCAGCAGCUGCCUGCUGGGAUUCUUCCCAUGGUGCCCGAGGUUGCCCAGGCUGUGGGGGUCAGUCAAGGACAUCACACCAAAGAUUUCACCAGGGCAGCCCCGAACCCUGCCAAGGCCACGGUAACUGCCAUGAUAGCCCGAGAAUUGCUGUAUGGGGGCACCUCGCCCACGGCCGAGACCAUCUUAAAGAAUAACAUCUCUUCAGGCCAUGCGCCACAUGGACCUCUCACCAGACCCUCUGAGCAACUGGACUAUCUUUCCAGAGUCCAGGGAUUCCAGGUUGAAUACAAAGACUUCCCCAAAAACAACAAGAAUGAAUUUGUGUCUCUCAUCAAUUGCUCCUCUCAGCCGCCACUGAUCAGUCACGGCAUCGGCAAGGAUGUAGAGUCCUGCCAUGAUAUGGCUGCACUGAACAUUUUAAAGUUGCUGUCUGAGCUGGACCAACAGAACUCAGAGAUGCCAAGACCAGGAAACGGACCAAUGUCUGUGUGUGGGAGGUGCUGAACUUUUUCUGGCCAUGAACCAUUAUGAAAAUCCAACAUACAUACUGAAAAUACUGAAACUGCUUUGAAAAAUUGGAAUUUCUGAUACCUCCAGUGGGCCGAGAGACACGGUGGGUGAAGAACGUGGCAGCAGUGGUGAAGACAGUGGAGACACAGGCAGCCGCAGAGGCCAGGUGGGGCUGUGCUGGGAUUGGGGUGACUGCUGCUCAGUGCACCAGUAGUUCCCCACAUGGAAGUAGCUGCUGUGGGAAGGAGGGGCCUGCCUGGCAGCCUGGCUCCAUCCGGAAACCAGCAGGUCACGCUUGGUCUCUGCGUUUUUUCUUUUAUUUUUUUUUGGGUUGUGUGAAAGAGGAAACAGAAAACAGAAAGCAUGGCCCCUUCUCAAACUGGCUCACUUAAACACUUUGGGAUAAACCCUGGACAGCCACACCGGAGAAAGGCCUUAGACUGGCCCCAGAGCUAAAAGCACCAGAGCAAAUCCAAUGCUUCCUACCUGGAGUCACCUGACCUUCCCAACCUGUGUGGCCCCACACCUCCGCAGCCCACACCGUGACCACUGCUUUCUCUUCCCACAGUGACAUGUAUUCUGUUUCAUUAUUUUCUUUUGAUUGCUAUGACACUAUAUAAAAUUUUCAUUUGAGUUUCUCAAUUGUAUCUAGUUAUUUAGCACAGUUUAGAAACUUGUCUGAGACUGAUGUUAUCAGUAAUCUAACCAGUCAGGAUCAUAUUCGUGUGUGUGUGUGUGUGGUCACAGUUAUACUUCAUUGGACUAACCCAGGACCAUUUCAGUGAUGCAAAUUGUGUGCCCUCCGGUUUCGCUGAAACAGUCCUGGACUUUUCAGAAACCUUGAUGAAGUCUCCCACAUUGUAUAAAUUGGACUAUUUAGGAAUUUUAAACUUUAGAUGAUCAUUCGGUUCCUUUUCUAUUUUAUCUUUAUUUUUGUUAAUGCAACAGGACUUAAACAAAUGAACUUUGAUCUUUGUUUUAAAGAUUAUUAAAAAAAUUGUGUCUAUCCAUGGCUCUUGAGGAUGUAGUUUUCACACUACAGGAUCUGAUCUCCAUGUAGUACAUAGAAACUGCAGAUUGAUUUUCCUUGAGUGCUUGAUACUGUUCAUUACAUCUCCAUGUAGGGCUGAGAAGAAUGACCUGUCUAUAUAUGCAGCUGUGUUGCUUUUGAUGUUGUGUUACUGUGCACAGAAAGGUGUGCACUGGGGUUCUGUGUACGGUCUGGAAGAAACGCACGGUAGCCUUGCGAGUUAAGUACUGCUUCCAUUCAUUGUUUACGCUGGAAUUUUUUUCUCCCCAUGGAAUGUAAGUAAAACUUAGUGUUUGUCACCAAUAAAUAGUAAUACUAAAUUUUUUUGUUAAUUUAUUCUCAAAUGCCACUACUGCUAGGUUGUUCCCCUCCCAACUUGCCCCCUACCCUUUUUUUAUUUUUAAGAAAAAACAUUUGUAAUGCUUGUGGUUCUGUCUGGGCAAAAAAAAAAAAAAUCUAAAGAUCUGAAAUAACUUUAUAUCGAACUAUUGAUCAAUAAACAGCUACUAAUGGAAA